UUCUGACCGAUCAAUUUUCCCGUCAAUAUGCAACUUUUACGUAGAAGGAAUACGGACUUCGCUUCUUGCACUCAGUGCAAUUAUAGCAUCGAAUAUAGAAAAAGUACAAAAUACAGAGUUCAGAAACUCCACUAAAUAAGCAUUUCUCACGAAAAUGAUGACACGAGAGACCGGUCCGGAGGUCCGGAGAGUAUGAAGUUAUAUCUUUUGUGAUAUGCUUGUGUGUUCAGUAGAUGUAUCCGUGGUAGAUGUUGAUCCGUGGGCGAUUGUAGGUUAUGUGAAUAUGGCGUCGCUUGUAGAAAGAGUGGUUAGACAAGCAUUACGUACAUUUUCGCAGAAACAGACGACAAACGUAAUAUUUGAAGAGAAUUUUGCAAAGUUAAAGGCGCUGGCAGACCAACUUACGGCAGCAGAUGUGAAUCUCAAUAUACACAGUCUGCAGGCUACUGAAUCCGGUGGAUGUAAACCUCCAGUGAUUUACAUCAGUGUUUACGAAGAUUCACAUGUAACUGUUGGUAUUUUCAUUGUAAAGUCGGGCGAGAAGUUACCUCUGCACGACCAUCCACAUAUGUAUGGGAUUUUGAAAGUGAUUGCAGGUACGGUAAAAAUCCAAAGCUAUACAACAAUCUCGAACAGUAGUGACAUUGACAGUCCUUCAGCUGGAGGGAGGCGUUUGUUUCCUUAUACUAGGACAAAAACUCAGAUACAGUGUGCAAUAAAAAUGCCCGAAGUUAUUGUGAACGAGAAUAAUGGUGCAUGUUUCCUUACCCCAACCGAACGCAAUUUACAUGAAAUUUACAGUGUGGGUGCAGCCGCCGCUUUUCUCGACAUUUUAUCACCACCAUAUGAUACCAGUGAGUUUGGAGAACGGUCGUGCCAUUACUUUAAGGAACUGAAUAAUGAAACGCCGGAGCCUGUUACAAACAAGGCAAGACUAAUACGAAUUCCUAGUCCAGCAGAAUACUGGAAUGAUGUUGCGGUCUAUGAAGGACCAAAAAUCAGUUUUGCAAAUGAACAGCUGGAAUAAAGAAGUCAGAGGGGACAAGCCACUCGUACAGUUAUAUGGUUGUGAACUGAUAUCAGUAAUGUGUACUUAAUGUGCGGACAUAUAAUGUAUGAGCAUUGAAUGUAAAUUGGUUAGAAGAGUAGGCAUCAGCUACAGGUGCAGUGAAUAUUGAUAUAAUGUUCACUAUGCUCCUCAGCUUGUAAGCUUUAACUAUCCAAAUCAGUGUGUUCUGUUAAGGACAUAAAGAAGCAAGUUUCAGUGCAGAAGUUGAUUUGGGAUUACAUUCCAUUUUCUAUGUCUCAGUAAAUGUGUUAGAAUUGGAAUUAUUUUCAUAGUUUCCUUUUCUAAUGUUUUUUGAGUGAUAUAUAUGAAACUUCAGUUUAGAACAUGUUAUGUUCCAGACUUCAGAUGAAUAUGGUAUUAGAAAUAUGUGAAAAAAGAGGGAGAGGAGAAGUGACUCGGUGACAUAAGUAUUUAGAUACAAAGCAGAAUAUAUAAAUAAAAAUUAUAUAUGGUUA